AUGACUUCAUCGCGGCCGGCCAUCGUUGUGAUUACUAGCCCGCAUCCGCCAGCACCACCUGCGCCUCCCGCACCUCCUGCCCCGCCUGCUCCACCGGCGCCGCCUGCGCCACCCGUGUUUCGCCCGGGUUUCGUUUCCCACCAGGACCGGCCUCUCUUCGAGCCCCCGGACGAGGAGGGCUUUCCCGCGCCAGAAGACGUCAGCGAAAACCGCGAUGAGACCGACGAGGCGGCCUACGGUGUUGGCGACUUCCCCAUCCCCACCUUUCCCGAAGACCUCGUCGAGGUGGGAGAGGACGUCCACUCCUCCCCCUUGGUGGAUGAGUGGGUCAACCCCCUCUACACCACGACUGCUGACGACGAGGAAGCUGCCCGGGAGGCGGACGACGAGGACUGUGGGGACAUGCCCGCGGAGGAGGAGGAGGCGGAGGAGGAGGAGGAGGAGGAGGAGGAGGAGGAGGAGGAGGAGGAGGAGGAGGAGGAGGAGGAGGAGGAGGAGGAGGAGGAGGAGGCCGAGAUGGAGGCGGAGGAGGAGGAGGAGGAGGAGGAGAUCGAGGGGGAGGCAGAGUGGGGAGACGUGGAGGAGGACGAUGUGGAGUAG